AUGUUGAUUGAAUUAGAUCGACUUUUAAAACAAUCGGGCAAUUUGCCAUUCUCUUUAUUGCCACCACAUCAUGAUAUUAUUCUCGUGAUGCGACAGAUACCUUUAUUGAUUAACCAAAGUGCGCAAACUACCCUGUUGAGAUCUGUUGUUGAAAAAGUCGUUUUUCAAUUAUACCAAUCAACGACGGGUUUAUCUAUUGAAGUCUACUGUCGAUUUCUUCAAACUUUGAUCGAAUUAUCACCUAGUAUAUCAAAAGAAACUUUGAGCUGGAUUUUAUAUUCGGAAGAUGAGCGAAAAUACAAUGUUUGGAUCGUUACUUCUCUUGUGAAAUUCGGUUUAAUACCAUUAGAAGAGUAUGAUAUUCAAUUAGCGAAACAAUUAAAUAAGGAACAUCCUGAUUCCCAUUUAAUCGACUUCACUACGGGACUAUUGCAAAAUUGUUUACUUACGAUGCACCCUAUUACAUCAAUUGAAGACCAUGUAUUAGUAAUUAAUGCCCUGAAAAGAUCACAGUCUCCAAAAGCUGAAGAGCUGAUACAAGAUUUAAAAAACAGUAUGAUUCAAUCUUACAAAAACUGUGAUUCUUAUAGUGAUUCUUUUACCUUGAGACUCUUACUUGCAGAAUGGACCCGUGUUUGUAGACAUAGUAUGACUAGCACUGCUAUAUACACCCAAUUUGCUGAACGGAUCCUUCAAACUACAACAUGUGACACAGAAAGGCUAUGUUUCUUUUUUAGAUUAUGUACCGAAAUCUGCAUCGACUUGUAUCAACCCUCUCGGCCUCAAUCAAUAGAUGCAUACACAAAAUUAGUAGGAUACAUGAUCCGCAUUCAGGACAAUUAUACUUCAAAAAUUACAAUGGCAACACAUGUCCUUUCCGUAGCUGUUUUGGUGCUGGCUCAUCAACAUGAAACUUUAAAUACACAGUUCAACCAAAAACCGUUCUUAAAACUUCUCAGUUCCUUAUUUAUCGAAUUGAAUCAAUCUACAAGCAAUGAUAAAAAUACUAAUACCAGUUUUAUAACGGUUUACAGCGACACUUUGUAUACCCUUGAGCCACGUCAUUUUUCUGGGUUCGCAUUUUCCUGGUUGCAAUUAUUCUCUCAUCGACUUUAUUUGCCAUUAUUGUUAUCACAGGAAAAUCAACCCAAUGGCUGGACCAUCUGCUUUAAACUUAUGUCAGCUCACCUCUCAUUCUUAAAAACACUUUUACAACAAAAAUCUCAACACCAACGUCGAUUAUUGGGACCAUCAGAAAAGGCUUUCUAUCAAGGGACCUUGCGUUUCUUAGUAGUGAUGUUACAUGACUAUCCGGAAUUUCUUUGCGAACAUUAUCUAUCAUUUAUUCAGUUAUUACCGCCGGAUUGUAUCCAAUUACGAAACGUUAUCUUAAGUUCUUUUCCUAGAGAUAUGAUCUUGCCUGACCCAUUUACAACAACAUUGGGUUAUAUGGCUACCACUUCUCAUCCACCACGAUUAUUCAUUGAUGAAUAUACUUAUGAUACAUUAGGUGAAAACCGCAAAGAUAUAUUUCAGUUGAAGGAUCUCGAUGAUUAUUUAGCAAUUGGGAACUCAACCUCAUUUGUAACAAAUGGCGUCAUCAGUUACAUUAUGGAUGAUAAAAACACCUUUGACCCGGAAAAAAUUCAACAGUUGAUAUUUUAUGUUGGAACCAAAGCAAAGUUAGCCACAACAAAACCGCUAUCUGAUAAUCCUGCCAUUCAAAUAUAUAAGCAUCUGCUCUCCCAUAUGCCUACCAGUUACGAGAAAUAUUUAUUGAUCAAUUCAAUCGUUGAUCAUUUGCGAUAUCCAAAUAGCCAUACGUAUUUCUUCAGUAUGGCUCUAUUGCACUUAUUUUCUACUCAAACGGAAUUAAUUAAGGAAUUGAUUACCAGGUAA